AUGACUCCAAUGAUAAGCUCUCUUAGAUUGAUUGCCAAUGCUGGAACUCCUUUUGAAAAUCCAACUUUAUAUCGCUCCAUAGUGGGCGGGUUGCAGUAUGCAACAAUUACACGACCUGAUAUCAGUUUUUCAGUGAACAAAUUGAGUCAAUUUAUGUCCAACCCCUGCCAAGAACAUUGGGUUGCAGUUAAACGAGUCCUGAGAUACUUGGCAGGUACUGCUGAGCUCAAAUUGCAAUUUCAUAGAUGCACUGAUUUACGUUUUUCUGCUUUUUCUGACUCAGAUUGGGCAAGUGAUCUUGAUGAUAGAAAAUCUACAACUGGAUUUUGUGUGUACUAUAGUUCAAAUCUGGUGUCUUGGAAAAGCAGCAAACAACCCACGGUCAGUCGAAGCUCAACUGAGGCUGAAUAUAGAGCCCUGGCAGCAGUGUUCAUGGAACUCAUUUGGAUUCAAAAUCUUCUGGCUGAAUUGCAUCAGCCUUGCCCAGCUUCCCCCACUGUAUUUUGUGACAAUAUUUCAGCUGUGUUGCUUGCAUAUAAUCCAAUCCUACAUAAUCGGACUAAACACUUUGAGUUAGAUCUCUACUUUAUUCUGGACAAGGUGAUCAAAGGCUCUAUUGCUGUCACACAUAUUCCAUCAACUGAACAAGUGGCAGAUGUUUUAACAAAGCCUCUGUCAUUAGCCAGCUUUAACAAGUUUAAAAGCAAACUCAGGUUGGCAUUCAAACCACCAUGA